UAUUGAGCUUAGCUAUGUCAAAACACAAGUCUUUUUACGGAGCUUGUGAAAGAGGAGACUUGACUAUGAUCAAGGCAAUGUUGGAUGCUGGCCAAGAUGUCAACUUAUCAAAUUCAUCAGACGGUUUCACUGGACUCCACUAUGCAGUAGAUUCAGGGAACCUUGAAGCUGUAAGAGCCCUUCUCUUUAGACAUGCAGAUCCAAACAAGAGAGGACCAGAUGGUGCUUCACCUUUACACUGGGCAGCUAGGACUGAAGACAGAGGUGACAUUAUCAAAUGUCUUCUGAAGCAUCGAGCUGAUCCUAACUUACAAGAAAAGUUUGGAAGGGCAGCUAUUCAUAUUGCAGCAAAUAAAGGGCAUGUUAAGAAUCUACGGGCCCUCAUGAUGAAAAGCGAAACUAACUCACUAAACAUUAACUUAUCAGACAACGUUAGUGACUUUGCUAAAGGGAACACUGCACUACACUUGGCAGCUGCCCAAGGGCACGAAGCCUGUGUUAAUUCUCUAUUGCUCGACUACAAAGACAAUCCUGACCUUUGGGCUAGAAAUGGGAAAGACCGGCUGCCACUCCAUGUUGCGUGUACCCGGGACAAUGAAAAUAUUGUCAAAGAACUUAUCAGGAGAAAUGCUUUAGACAAGGGAUCCAGGGACUGUAUGGCGGCUGUUGAUGCGUUCUCACGUAACCCCCUCCAAAUUGCUUGUUUGAAUAACAAUGUCAACGUGGUGAAAUACUUGACUGACGGGGUAAAAGAAUUGCUGCCAAUGCUUGAUAUGGAAGGGUUCGUUAACUGUAUAACAGGAGAACAUGGCGAGACAGCACUUCACUGUGCUGCAAGAGGAGGCAGUAAAGAGGUGAUAGAUAUGCUGAUAAAAGCGGGGGCUAAAACAGAUUGUGUUUCAGCAAGUCAACGCACCCCACUGCAUGUGGCUUGUAAAAGAGGAAACCUGGACGCUGCCACUGCACUCGCCAAUUGGAACGGAGAUGUGAUAGGAAGUGUUGAUGAAUCAGGAAAAACUGCCCUGAUGAUUGCCAGUGCUGAGAAUGAUUCGCCCGCUAUUGCUCAAAUGUUGAUAGGACUUGGUGCUAAAAUUUUAGCUCACGAUCAUACUGGCAAAACUCCUGUCUUUGAGGCUGUUCUACACAAUCGUGUAAACGUUUUGGAGUAUCUGAUGACACAGUUGACAUCAGACAUGAUAGAACAAGAUAUUGACAAAUCUCAGAACACACCGCUUCACUGGGCUGCUGAUAAGGGUUUUCUGAUAUGUUGCAAGAUUCUGAUUGAAAAGAAAUACAAGAUCGGUCAAAGGAACAAAGUCAAGGGAAAAACACCAAUUCAUUAUGCAGCAACGGAGGGGAGAACUGAGACGCUGAAAAUAAUGUUAGAAAGUGAAAGUAAAAGUUGUCGUUUUGUCGAUACAAACGGCAACACGCCUCUCCAUGAUGCCGCUCAGCGGGGCCAGUCCCAGUGUUGCAGGAUCUUGCUGUCAAAUGGAGCAAGUAUAAACAACGAGAAUGGACGAGGUGUCACUCCCCUGCAUCUUGCUGCAGAAGCAGGCCACAGAACUACCGUAAAAGUUCUGUUAGAAGCAGGUGCUAAGUUUAACGUGCCCGACCUAAACGAGGAAACUCCACUGCACUACAGCGCUCGUGCUGGGCAGGAAGACACAGCAAAGGCUCUGAUAAAUAAAGGUGCAAACUUGGCUAAAGUUAGCCAGUUCGGUGACACUCCUCUUCUGACAGCUAUUCGGAAUAAUAAUGAGAAUGUUAUAGCUUUGCUGUUACAGUCAGAACAAUGGAAAGAAGCUCUGACUGUUCCUGGAACUACUAAAUCAACUCAAGAGCCAGCGUUAGAAUCUGGAGGUGAUGCAGUAGAUACAAGUGGUGUCAAACUAAACAUGUUAUCGGAAGUCGGGGGAAAGAAAGCCCGGAAAGAGCAGUUGAUCAACAGUCACCCUCUGCAUCAACUAAUCAUACACUAUCCCUCCCAGGCGAGAGCUGUUUUUGACAAGUGCACCUAUGUGGAUCCAGAUAACAUGGUUUCAGAGGAAAAGGAGGACUAUUGGGUUCAGUUUGACUACAGUGUUAUUGACGAUGCUACGGACGGUACCCUCCACCCUUUUAACACUAUGUUACAACACGACAGAAUAGACUUGUUGGAUCACCCUCUCAUCAGCUCUGUUAUCACUUACAAAUGGAAUGCACUAGGCAAAGUCUGGUGUUAUCUCAACGUGUUCCUCAAUGUCAUCUUCGUCAUAUUCAUCUCAACGUACGCUCUGAUGGAAAUUCCACCUCAUGGAUCAACUGAUAACAGGAAGAAGGGAAUUCUAUUAGUCUUGUCGCUGUGCUCUAUAGGACUUAGUGGGUUGAGACUAGUUCUCGAGCUCUUUCAGCUCAUUACCAACACCAGAGGAUAUUUAAAGGACCCGAUGAACUAUCUGGAAGUGGUUAUAUUUGGGCUGACUAUUGUUUUCUGUCUCUCCAUCAUACAGUACCCAGAUACUCAUCCCAGCUAUUUUCAGUGGGAGGUUGGUUGCUAUGUGGUAGUAUUUGCCUGGUACAACAUGUUAAUGUCCCUCAAGAAACUCCCCUUUAUUGGUAUCUACGUAAUCAUGAUUAAAAUCCUCCUGGAAUCCUUCAUCAAAGUGAUGCUGCCAAUCUUUCUGUUUCUCAUUCCAUACAUUCUGAUGUUCCAUAUGAGUUUUCCACAAACUGGAACGUUUGAAGGAGUUGGCACCACGAUUGUCAAAGUACUGACGAUGUUCAUUGGAGAGAUCAACUUCGACAUGUACUUUGUACCCCUGGCUUUUGAAGGACCGAACCCUGUUAAAUACCCGUACUCAACUUAUCCUCUUUACAUGAUGUUUCUCUUUCUCUGCCCUAUCAUCCUCAUGAACCUGCUGACUGGUUUGGCUAUUCUUGAUGUGGCUGAAACGAGGAAAACCUCCAAGCUGCGGAGAUCAGCAGAGAGGAUCGAGCAAAUAUUUCUAGCGGAGAAGAUAGUUGGAAAACUUUCAUUCUGCGAUGUUUUUGCGGUGUCUCAUUACCCUCACGGAAAACUUUACCCAAACAAGGUAGUCUAUUCAUUGUCCAAAUUGUUUGGUGGUACAAUAUACGACUUCAGAGGCAGCUGUGUGGUCGAUAUCGUGUCUAGACGUCGUCAGGUUGACGGUGAUGGAGAAUUGAGACUGAAGAAGAUCCAGGGACAAGUUAUACGAAUCGUAACAGCACUCAACCAGUUGAGCGCUAAGAUCGAUGUAAACACCAUGCAGGUCGACAAAAACGUUAACUCUGAGGAGAUCGAGAUAAGGAAAAGUAGAAUUAUUGACACAGAAUCUGGACCUGCUUGAUUAAUGUGAAUGCUGUGGUGUGAAAUUAUGAUAACGUAUUUCGCAUACUUUGAAUAAUACGAUAAAAAGUGCUUGGAUAGUAACAUAUUUAUUAAACUUUAUUAACUCUAAAUUGAUAUUCGAGUUCUGCUAGUAAGAAAUUGUGGGGGUGUCAUUUUUUCCUUUUUUUAAAAGGACAUAAGAAACAUUUAAGGUGUGUAGCAGUAAGAUUUAGCGUAGAGCGGCACAAUUAGUUACGACUACGUUUAGCCACUGAUUCCCCACUGAUUAUACUUACAUGCAUAUUGAAUUUAUAUUUAUAUUUUAA